AUGUUGGCCCGGCUUCAGCAACGGCACGGUGAUCGCGACAAGCCGGUGAAGCGGAAGGACGACGGACACGACCUGGACCUUGUACUGGAACGAGCCGCGGCCCUGGCAAGUGAUUCGACAAGUGAUAGAGAACAAACGAUCCAGCUCCUCGAAGCUCAACUGCAACAAGAGGAAAACUCGUACAAAGUGACGCAGAUCCGGAAAGCCCUUCUCGAGCUCAAGCCCAAGCCACAGGCCUCGACGGCCCCGUUCCAAUUCGCAGCGCAACCACAGAAGCCGAUAGGAGCUUUCAAGUUUUCUGCACUGCCGUCUCGACCUGCUGCUCCCCAGGCCCAGGCUUCUGGGCCCCUGAUCCCGAAUAUGCUUGACGGCUCCGAUCUUUUCAAGAUUGAAAACAUCGACGGCGAGGAGCGGCGCUUCGACGAGGCCACAUCAGUCGAUGGGGAAGUCGAGCUUCGGAUCUCGAACAUCAAGAACAGCACGUUGCGAAUCUCUUUCCCAACGCACUCGGUGCGAAUGCGGGAUAUUCAGGAUUCCACCCUAGUCCUCCACCCGAGCACAAGCUCCAUCUCGAUUGAUGACGCGAAAAAUGUGAAGCUCUUCUGCCGAGGGGACCAAAUUCGGAUACAUCGCUCGUCUAACACGACGCUGUACUGCGCAUUCAAGACCGGGAUUAUCAUGGAGCAUUGUCGAGGGAUCAAGUUAGCGCCCUACCGCGUGCUUGGCAUCGAUGGCGAAAUGAUAGAGAUAUCGAAGACCGAUCUAGAGAUGGCAGCACCCCAGGAUAUGGAUCAGCUCGGCCUCGAGGGGCCCCGGAAUUGGCACGUGGCCGAGGAGAGCGAAUGGAUUACAGAGAAGCUAGGCCCAUUCGACGCG